AGCCUUCAAGUAAGUGAACCAUGUGGGCCUCAUGUAUUUUUAAAAGAAACUUCUGAGAAGAGCUUAGAACAAUUUUUUUCCCCUGAGUGCCAUUCCCCAAAGGUACUCACAGAACAAUAAGGUGUGACUGUAAUGGCUGCACUGAGUUGUCUUUUGGACAGCGUUAGAAGGGACAUAAAGAAGGUGGACAGAGAACUCAGGCAACUGAGAUGCAUCGACGAACUUAGCACGCGUUGCCUGUGCGACCUGUACAUGCAUCCGUACUGCUGUUGUGACUUGCACCCGUACCCCUACUGCCUAUGCUAUUCCAAGAGGUCCCGUUCCUGUGGCCUGUGUGACAUCUACCCUUGCUGCCUGUGUGACUACAAGCUUUACUGUCUUCGACCAUCUCUCAGAAGUUUGGAGAGGAAAGCCAUUAGAGCCAUAGAGGAUGAAAAGAGAGAGCUUGCCAAACUGAGAAGAACCACGAAUAGAAUCCUGGCCUCCUCUUGCUGUAGCAGUAACAUUUUAGGAUCGGUGAACGUGUGCGGCUUUGAACCUGACCAAGUCAAAGUACGAGUGAAGGACGGAAAGGUGUGUGUGUCAGCCGAGCGGGAGAACAGGUACGACUGCCUUGGGUCGAAAAAGUACAGCUACAUGAACAUCUGCAAAGAGUUCAGCUUGCCGCCGUGUGUGGACGAGAAGGACGUGACGUACUCGUACGGGCUGGGCAGCUGUGUGAAGAUCGAGUCGCCGUGCUACCCAUGCACUUCUCCCUGCAACCCCUGCAGCCCCUGUAGCCCUUGCAACCCCUGUAACCCCUGCAGCCCCUGCAGCCCCUGCAGCCCCUGCGACCCCUGCAGCCCCUGCUACCCCUGCGGCAGCCGAUUUUCCUGUAGGAAGAUGAUUUUGUAAGGCAUCCGGAUGUAGGAACCCAUAACUUAGAAUUCAGCCCAGCCAGGCAGCUCUUCCAGUGUUUCUCUUCCCCUUCCCAUGGCCCAUGUAGGUUAGGCACAUAGGAGGUUAAAUACACAACUGCAAUCUG